AUGCCUCUGAUAGAGCGCACUUACAAACAUGUUGAUACUACAGCAAGAAGUCCUUCCAUUGCUACCAUGGAACAAUUCCUCCGAGGAGGGGAAUCCUCUAGGAUGUCACCAACCUACUCUCCCACAUCUGCUUCUUCUCCUUCCUCUCCUUACUUUGGGGCGAAGCCCCAUGACCUUGAAGAAGAUCAAGGCCUCUAUCAGAGAAAAUCAGUUCUCGCCAAAGUGAAGGAAAGGGCCAGGAAAUUAGUACUGCGCAACAGCCUUAGCCAGAAAAGACGGGACGACAAAAAUCCCACUCCAUCUUGGGGAGUUAGCCUAGAAGACGAAGAGGAAGAAGAAGACCCUGAGUACCUCGGAGCUCCAAUCUAUGAAUCAGAGCUAGCACCCGAAGAGUACAAAGAAAAUGCGAGACAACAUCCAAGAGCAAAUCCAGUAAUCUCCGAGAAGCGUGUCCUAAGGACAAUGAAAUCAGGAGAACAGCAAGAUCAAGAAAAUGCACUUACUCCUAUCAAGUCCACAACCUUUACAACAAAUUCUCCUCAACUUGCAACAACACCAAGCACAACAAUGACUCAGAAACUGACAUCAUCCAAUGUUGAAGGAUCAACCUCAACUGCAUCAUCUCAAUCUGCUUCCUCCUCCAAAUACAAUGUUGGUUCAAUAACCCCUGUUGCUCCUGUCACUUCAGUAAUGAUGAAAACCGCGUCGCCUUCUCUUCCGAGUGUGAAGACUAAUAAUACUAUAAGCCCCAAAAGUUCAUAUAAUUCUCAAGCAUCGUUGACUCCUAGGAGAGGUUCUAAUGGUAGUAGUGUGAUUGAGAGGGUGAAAGGAGCUGUUACUUCUUUGCUAAGGAAUGAUGAACAAGCACAUCUAAAAUAUGGCGUCAAAAGUCCUACAGCGCGUGCUAAUUCCUCGCAAACAAGCUCCACUACACAAGAAGUUGAACAAAGAGCUGAGAAUCGCGGGAAAAUUCUUCAAACAAAUUAA